AUGGGGUUGCUACUUGACGAUGAGGACUACGUUCCCCCGCGCAAGGCUACGCGGGUUGAACAUCACACACAAACAGCGACAGCAAGGGACAGGGAGGAAACGGAGGUGACUCAGCAGGAGAGCGAGGAGGGACACAUUUCCAGCAGAGGCAUCAAUACUAUCGGAGAGUUCUCGGCCCCGCUUGAGAUUCCGCUCCGUGGUGGAAAUGGUAUGGAGAAGAUGGCAGCCUUUGCGUUUGGGGCGGAGCGAGCGUCUGUGAAGCUUGUGGACGCCUCUCCACGUCAACUCCGAGGACGUUCCGGGUUCACGCCGUCGCAGGUUUCACUUAAUUUUUCGGAUGGACAAAACAAUUCACCAAAGACGGUUGCUAAAUGCGUCGUGGACGUCUCGCAGGAUAUUUGUAGUACGCCCGAAGACAUGCGGAAUACCUCGUCAAGCACGCCAAUGACACAGGGGGCGUAUUCCACUUCCUUUGGCACACUCGGUGGCCCGCCGCGCUCUGCGGUUCUUGCAAGCCCUGUUUCUCGCACGUUGUUUGCUGACGUUGUUAAGAACACUGACACCCCCCCGGCUGUGACGACGGGGGCGAAGAAUGGUGAGGCAGCACCGAAGCCACGAGUCCAGAUGAAGCUUUCCGAUUUCUUUACGAAGAUGGCGUGCACGAAGAAAUGA